AUGGAAAAUCUCUUUAAGUCUCAAUAUUCCCUACCACCCAGCGAUACUAUGAGCUCCGAACAAUUGGGUAUUGCAUGGCUUAAUUUUCCUAAUUCUCCGGAAAAACGCACGCCACAACCUCUAGUAAGGAAAUCAAAAGUCGUCUGCGGACAAAAGUCAUCAUUCCUUUCACAGCCCGGCCAUUCAAGACUAGAAGAUGUCGAAGAAGGUCUCCGUCAAGGGAAAAGAUGGGGAGAGCCAAAUGUAGAACGCAACCCACCCAAACGCCGAAGAGGCCCGAACAAAAAUCAAAAGGUUUUGACUGAGGAGGAGCGAAAGAGGAAGAAAGAAAAAGCCCUCUGUAGAAACGCGGAAUCAGCAAGAACCUGUCGGGGAAAGCGGAAACAAGCAGAAGAAAGACUGAAGUCUAUGAGUCUAAAUAUGGAAAGGGAAUUCCAUCAAUUGUGUCAGAUUCGGGGAGAGUUGAGCCAAGAGUUGUUCACACUUUUGGAACAAGCUAGGAAAAUUAAAGAUCCACCACUGGCUGAAGCUCUCGAUCAAGCAACUGCACGCCUUUCUGCGCUCAUAGUCCCUUGCCAAGACUGGCCCAAGAUUUUGGAAAUCAGUCCUAGAUGGCCCCCGACAUCACCAUAUCCUUCACGCCAUCGCGCUAAUUCUUCCACACACUCGAAAGAUAAUGCAGUAGAUAUACCGCCUGCAAUUAAAUGCCCCUUGCCAGACUCUGAAGGCACGCAUGUCGAAAAUAACUCGCCUGGGCAAUGUUCAGAUCUCGCUAAGCUGCGAAGUGGCUCAUCCACCCGUCAUUCGCCGCAGAUCGAAUCUAAUGUUAGUAAUAUUAAUACGCCGAUCUCUAUGGUAUCACUAGCAACCGACGAUGAGGCUGUUGCCCUACAAUACCAACUGGCUAACUCACCCAACCCAUUCAUGGAUGAAAUUAUCCCCCAUGACGGCUUUGUGAGAGUUCCAAGCGGAGAAUUUCAAGCCAGUGCACGGGCGUCGGUGAGUGGUCAACCUAUUGGUGAUGGAAAAUCUCUUGGUUAUGUCUUUCCCCUGUCGCCACUGCCUCAGUUGAACGAGCAGUAUUGCUCCCCGUUUAAUAGCCCCUUGUUCACGCACCCGACACCCCCACCCUUCGAUUUCAACACUCGGACGUCGUUCGUGAACCCGUUCUCUCACACAUUUUCAGAUCAGCCUCUAGCACAGGUUUCGCCCGAGUCAACUGGCUCCCAUCAGUUGGAGUGUGCCAUCGCGCAACUGGCUAAUUACACUUGA